AUCAGAAUCAGCUGUAAGUAAUUUAUAAUUUGUUCGACAACAAAACAUUUUUUUUAGACGCGUAUUCAAUUUUUACUUUUUUCUGUAAUGGCUGCUGUGGAACAAGAUUUCAAUGAUUUGCUGGACAACAUAUUUUUAGCAGAAGACAAUAUAGUGAAAGAGAGUUACCAGGAAGGCUUAGAAGUGGGUCGUGCACGUGGGGAGAAAGAAGGUUAUGAGCUGGGCUACAAGAAAGGAUUACGACUUGGCAAGGAAUUAGGUGAAAUUUACAGCAGUGUUGUGGCACAACAAAAACACACUGAAAACGUUCAACAUGCGUUACAACAAUUACGUACGAGUAUAGAUCAGUUUCCACGUGAUAAUAAUGCCGAAGCUGAUAUAAUUGGCAUGGUGGAGGAUAUACGCAAUCAAUACAAACGUGUGCGUGUGUUGACGGCAGGCAAGGUUGGAAAGACAACUAAAAAAGUAGAAAACAACAGCAGUAGUAGUGGUGCGACAGAGAAAGCCAAAGAUUUUUCCUUUUAAAAAUUAUAAAAACUAAUGGACACGAUUCCGAUUACUUGGGCGGAGGGGUAAAAGUCCAUAUGCAUGGAAAGAUUGCUGAUAGCGAAUUGCUCAUAUUUGCUUAUUAUAAUAUGGCAGCGCUCCAUUUCCUCAUAAUUGUUAGCGCAUAAAUGAUGCUCACUACGAGUGUAAAAAGUAAUUUUUAAAAUAAAGAUUUCUUAGGUAAAAACCCCACAAAAAGUGAAAAAUGUGGAUGUAUUUAAAGCUUAGUACGCAGCUCUCAAGAAACGUAAAAACUUCAUAUAAAAAAACGCUUAAGAAACGGUCAAGAAACUUUCCUGCGAUAAAUUUACUUGUGCUAGUACGCAGCUCUCAAGAAAUCUAGUACUAAUUUUUAAUAUUUUUUUUCAAUAAAAUGCGAAUAUGGCAAACCUGGUUUUGUGAAGAAACAUGAAA